GAUCUAUCGCUACCAGACGUACGACUACGCCUUCAGCAGUAACGAGCGCCUGCUUCACGCCCUCGGAGGGAACGACUUCACCCGCAUGCUGAACCAAACCAUCGACGAAGCCAUGCAGAAAGCCGGCUUCUCCCAUAAGUUCAUAAAUGAGGUGGUUUGUCCAGCCAUGAGAUUCAAUUACGGGCAAGGUGUCAACAUCAACGCUUUCGUAGGUGCUGUUUCUCUGGCAGGGGUGGACUCGGGCCUUUGGUCAGUAAAAGGGGGGAACAAACUCAUCUGCACCGGCCUUAUCUACGCCUCCAAAGCUGAAGUCAUCCCCGGUACAGUUUUGUCCAUAGAGCCAAAAAUCAGACCCAGCCCCACGGGGGACCCGGUGAAGCUCUACCAGGUCACUUACAACACUACAUCGGGACUAAUGGGGGAUACGUACGACAUUGUCGUCAUCGCCACUCCGCUGAGCCGCAAAAUGGCCAACAUCACCUUCAAGAACUUCGACCCUCCUAUCCCAGAGUUCCCAAACCCUUACCACCAGACUGUCACGACGUUAGUGCACGGGCGAUUAAACGCCUCUUUCUUUGGUUACCGGGACCCAGCUGCUUUUCAUUUCAGUGACAUCUUCACUAUGGAGAAUCCCAAACUGUUCAUCAACAGCCUGGGGGUGGUGUUUCCCGUGGAAGACGUUGGCAGCGAAGGAAAGCUGCCCCUGCAGUCGGCCAUCUGGAAGGUGUUUUCAAAGGAGGUGCUCACCAAAGAGCAGCUCAACUUGGUUUUCUCCUCCUACGACUCCGUCGAAGUCAAGAAGUGGUUGGCGUACCCCCACUACAGCCCGCCGGAAAAAUGCCCUCCCGUCAUCCUCCACGACAAAAUCUACUACCUGAACGGCAUGGAGCGGGCCGCCAGCGCCAUGGAGCUGAGCGCUGUCGCAGCCAAAAACGCUGCCCUGCUUGCUUACCACCAGUGGUAUGGGAACGACGACAGGAUUGACCAGGAAGGCUUGCACGAGAAGCUGAAAACGGAGCUCUGA